UUAUUUCUGCGUGUUCACUGUUUCAUCUCUAUUUCUUAAUCUUCACCUUUGCUUUCAAUUCGAUCUGCUCAAAUUCGAAGAUUUACGUCUAGAUUCGGAUAGAUAUAAUUUUCCUGGAUUCUCAAAGGCUGAAGGUGAAGUAAUCAUUUGGUAUGUGUGAUGAUCUCGUAGGGUGAUUAUGCCAGGCAUUCCUCUCGUGUCCCCUGAAGCCUCUUCUUGUUCAAGAAGCACAGACUCGAUGUGCCAUGAAGACUCCCGUGUUCUUAUGUCUGAAGAGGAGGAGAUUGCUGCUGAAGAGAGCUUGGUUGCGUAUUGCAAGCCUGUCGAACUUUACAACAUUCUCCAGCGCCGUGCUAUUAGGAAUCCCUUGUUUCUUCAGAGAUGUUUGCAUUAUAAGAUUGAAGCUAAACAUAAAAGGAGAAUCCAAAUGACUGUGUUCCUCUCCGGCACUAUAGAUGCUGGGGUACAAACUCAAAAGCUGUUCCCACUCUAUAUUCUGUUGGCAAGACUCGUUUCUCCUAAGCCUGUUGCAGAGUAUUCUGCAGUAUAUAGGUUCAGUCGAGCAUGUAUUCUUACUGGUGUUCUAGGGGUUGAUGGAGUUAGUCAAGCACAAGCCAACUUUCUUCUCCCUGAUAUGAAUAGACUCGCGUUGGAGGCAAAAUCCGGAUCUCUCGCUAUCUUAUUUAUCAGCUUUGCUGGUGCGCAAAAUUCUCAAUUUGGCAUUGAUUCAGGCAAGAUACAUUCAGGAAAUAUAGGAGGACAUUGCUUAUGGAGCAAGAUAUCUCUGCAAUCGCUCUAUUCGUUGUGGCAGAAGUCUCCAAACAUGGACUUGGGACAGAAAGUAGACUCAGCCUCUCUUGUUGAGAUGCAGCCUUGUUUCAUAAAGUUAAAGUCUAUGAGUGAGGGAAAGUGUGUCUCGAUUCAGGUUCCCAGCAAUCCCCUCACCUCGAGCUCACCGCAGCAAGUGCAAGUCACCAUAUCUGCAGAAGAGGUUGGGACAACGGAAAAAUCUCCUUAUAGUUCAUUUUCGUUUGAUGACAUCUCUUCCUCAUCAAUGUUACAAAUUAUCAGGUUGAGAACACGGAAUGUGGUUUUCAAUUAUAGAUACUAUAAUAACAAACUGCAGAGGACCGAAGUAACUGAAGACUUCUCUUGUCCAUUCUGCUUAGUAAAAUGUGUCAGUUUGAAGGGCCUGAAAUAUCAUUUGCCAUCAACCCAUGAUCUCUUCAAUUUCGAGUUUUGGGUAAGUGAAGAAUAUCAGGCUGUAAAUGUGUCUCUCAAGAGUGAGACAAUGAUCUCCGAGAUUAAUGAAGACGGCACUGACCCGAAGCAGCAAACAUUCUUUUUCUCUUCAAAGAAAGGCAGACGUAAAAGGCAAAAGACUCAAGUACGGAGCUCAGGGCAGGGGCAUCAUCUUGGACUAGGCUGCGAGGUGCUAGAUAAGACUGGUGAUGCUCAUUCUGUUAGAUGUGAGAAGAGCCGAAUAACUCCUGGAAAGCUUUGCGAAAGAAUUGGGGUUGCUGAGUCAUCUGGUCAAAGAGUUCCUCUUGGCACGAGUCCUGUAGACGUGCAAUCAUGUGGUGAUCCAGAUUCUUUGCAGUCGAUAGCUGGAAGUACGAUGUUGCAAUUUGCAAAAACGAGGAAGCUAUCUAUAGAACGGUCGGACUUGAGGAACCGUAGCCUCCUUCAGAAGAGAGAGUUCUUUCACUCUCAUCGAGCUCAGCCCAUGGCUCUAGAACAAGUACUUUCUGACCGAGAUAGUGAAGAUGAAGUUGAUGAUGAUGUGGCUGAUUUUGAAGAUAGAAGGAUGCUCGACGAUUUCGUGGAUGUGACUAAGGAUGAGAAGCAGAUGAUGCACAUGUGGAACUCGUUUGUGAGGAAGCAGCGAGUAUUAGCAGAUGGUCACAUUCCAUGGGCAUGUGAAGCGUUCUCAAGAUUGCAUGGAUCCAUCAUGGUUCGAACACCGCAUUUGAUCUGGUGCUGGAGAAUGUUUAUGGUGAAACUGUGGAACCAUGGCCUUCUUGACGCCAGAACCAUGAACAACUGUAAUGUCUUUCUCGAACAGCUCCCAAAGUGAAGACCGAUGAACCAUUAUUUAAAUAGAAGAAAAGUGUAAACAUCAAAAUGUGAGAGAAUAAGAGUCUUUUUGUCUGAUUUCUUAACAGACCUUGGAUCAGAGAUCGUUUUCGGUGUUUACACUAUUCCCGGUGCUAUUAAUUUACAUUUUCUUAUCCAGGAUUACAUUAAUUUACAUUAUUUAUCGUUUCGUUUAGUGUCUUAUUAGUUCACAUC